CUUAAGCCUCUUUAUAUUGAGGAGUGCCCUUGGAUGAAAAUCGACGGAUGAGAUCAGAAGAAGCACAACUUUCUGCAGUGCAGGCGAUUUAUUUCUCCACGCAUAUACUUUCCGUCAAGUUACCGUCUGGAUUCUGGAAGAAGAAAACACAACCCAAUCGCAUAUCAACUUUUGUUCCAUGAAAAAUUCAGAAUACUUAUCAAUAAAUUUCGAUCGGAACGUGUUAGAUUUUUAUAGAAAGCUGGAUCAGGGAACAACUCCGUAGAUCACACAGGGCAUCCAGCGCAUUAGGGAAAUGUUGCUGUGGUGGUGGUCAUCGAGUUAAAAUAUGGAGAAGAAAAGAGUGGAUGAGAGUGUGCAAGUACCAGCUUCAGGAAGAGUAGACAGAUUCGGGUUUGUAAAACAGGAACAUAACUCGCCUGAUGGGCCAUCUAGAAACAAGUCGGCUUUGGAGUAUCAGAGGGAACAGAAAAUACUUAGAAAAUGGAGGAAAAUGAUUGGUGUUGGAGGUAGUGAUUGGAAGCAUUAUGUAAGAAGGAGAGGACAUGUUGUUAAACGGCGUAUACGGAAAGGAAUUCCUGAUUGUUUGAGAGGUCUUGUCUGGCAAUUGAUUUCUGGAAGCCGGGACCUCUUGCUCAUGAACCCUGGUGUUUAUGAGCAACUGGUGAUAUAUGAGACAUCAGCUUCCGAGCUAGAUAUAAUACGGGAUAUUUCACGCACUUUUCCAUCACAUGUGUUCUACCAGCAACGACAUGGACCUGGUCAAAGAUCACUUUACAAUGUUUUAAAGGCCUACUCUGUAUAUGACAGGGAGGUUGGAUAUGUACAGGGAAUGGGAUAUUUAGCUGGUCUCUUGCUGCUUUACAUGAGUGAAGAAGAUGCAUUUUGGCUGGUGGUGGCAUUACUGAAAGGAGCAGUUCAUGCUCCAAUGGAAGGAUUAUAUUUGGAGGGAUUGCCACUGGUUCAACAAUAUUUGUUUCAGUUUGACCGUUUGAUGAGGGAGUACAUGCCCAAGUUAGGGGAGCACUUCACAGAAGAAAUGAUAAAUCCAAGCAUGUAUGGAAGCCAGUGGUUUAUUACUGUUUUCUCCUAUUCUUUCCCCUUUCAUCUGGCUCUUCGAAUUUGGGAUGUUUUUCUUUAUGAGGGUGUUAAGAUUGUUUUCAAAGUUGGCCUAGCUCUGCUCAAAUAUUGCCAUGAUGACUUGGUGAAAUUACCGUUUGAGAAGCUUAUACAUGCUCUUCGUAACUUCCCUGAUGAUGCAAUGAAUCCUGAUACAUUGCUUCCAAUGGCCUACUCAUUUAAGGUAUCCAAGCGUUUGGAGGAACUUAAACUGGAGUAUGAGAAGAUACAUGGGAAGGUAGCAGAAUCUAAGUCGAAGCAAAAACAGCUGCAGCUGGCUUGAGUAACAAAAACAGUGCAUACUGCAUACAUAUUAUUUUGUAAAUAUGCGUAUAUGAUCUUUCUGAGGAUCAUUAUCUACACCAAUUUUUUCUUUGUAACUAAGGCAUUAGAAUCUUGAAAUGUUGAUAGUGUCGUUUGAGACAUCAUUGCAUUUUGAGUGGUAUUUUUCAUGUUUGCAAGUGAAGCUUUCAGCUUAGAUGACAUUUUUCGUACUAAAUGGUGAAAAGAAGAUAAAACGUCAAGACUGUAUAUAUUUUAUUUGGGAUAAUGACUUAAAAGGGUAAUAUAUUAUUUGAUUUGUACACAUUUAGUCGCUGACUUUUUUUUUCGUCCACAUUUACACCUUCAACUUGUUAAACUGUACACAUUUAGUCCUUAUGACCGGCUAUUCCAGGUUAGCCGGUAAAAAUGACUUAAUAGGGUAAUAUAUUUCUCACUUUGUAUACGUUUAGUCCUUAAUACUUUUGUACACAUUUAGUCCUUAAUAUUUUUUUGUUGCAAAAUAAGUUAUUUUUGUUUUUUUACUCAUUCAGUACUUAUGAACGAUAAUAUGUUUGUUGUAUCGGGUAUUUUGUGGGAUACUCACUAAACUUUGUGCUUACCCAAUUGUUUAUGUUUUCAGGUUCUAUCGUUGAUCGUGGGAAGACGAAUGCAUGACUGUACACACUCAUCAAUAGUAUUGAGGAUUCCGCGUUUCUUAUAUUAUUCUGAUUUUCGAUAAAUAUAUUUUGGAAUAAACGUUUUUUUUUCUUAAUAAUGGAUUUAUAAUUAGGAACUUUUGCCUUAUUUAAAA